ACCUUCUGUCUACUUGGGAUUUUGACAUAGCCGAGCCGAUGGAGCGGCUGCUAACAAGUUCUCUUAGCAAUCGUUUAUACAUUUGUAUCCAUAUUUUUUAAUCACAUAUUGAAUAAAUAACAUGUGGGGGGAAAAACGGACUGAAUUAGGCUGAGCAUGAAGCGAACAUGACUACGAACGACGGCUAAUCGUUAGCAUUAGUCAGAAAAACCCUUUCAAUGCAGACUACGCUGAUAUAACAAGUCAGCAUUUUCCUCCGGUGAGCUGUCCUCAUCACAGGGUCUGUGUUGUGAAUAUUAUGGUGCCGUCUGCUUCCCCGAACUGCAUGAGAUAUGCACUUAUCUGAGCAGCGCUGACAGACCGCCGUCUCAGCUUGAACAUGACCAUGAAGUCCUCUUCUGACUCCCAACAGGAGACCGAGACCACUUUGCACCCUGCAGAGUUGAGAGAACUUCAUGCCACCUCUGCGGCAUCCUUAGUCUCUGGUGAUGACGCUGUCACUUUGACACCAGGCAGAAUGAACCAGCGCCAGGUGAAGGAACGGGACAAGGACAGGGACAAGGAGGCGGGCCUCCAAACGCCAAGCCGCGAACACAUCGCCGCCUCUCCUUCUUCGCUCAGCCCGGGCGUCAGCUACAGCCACGGGUUCGAGAGAGGGAAGGAGGACCUUUUAUCGCUGCCUUUGAAAGAGGAUUCACUUUCCAUAUCCAAGAGCAAGUCAGAAACCAAGCUGUACAAUGGCUCCGACAAGGACGUGUCCGCGUCUGGAGGCAAGCUCACCAAGAAGGAGUCCCUCAAGGUGCAGAAAAAGAACUACAGGGAAGAGAAGAAGAGGGCGACAAAAGAGCUGCUUAGUACCAUCACCGAUCCUUCCGUCAUCGUCAUGGCUGACUGGCUGAAGAUCCGCGGAACCCUGAAAAGCUGGACCAAACUCUGGUGCGUGCUGAAACCGGGCGUCCUGCUGAUUUACAAGACCCACAAGAACGGCCAGUGGGUGGGCACGGUGCUGCUCAACGCCUGCGAGCUCAUCGAAAGACCCUCCAAGAAAGACGGCUUCUGCUUCAAGCUCUUCCACCCCCUGGAGCAGUCCAUCUGGGCCGUCAAGGGUCCUAAAGGCGAGGCGGUGGGCUCCAUCACUCAGCCGUUACCCAGCAGCCACCUCAUCUUCCGUGCCGCUUCCGAAUCUGACGGCCGUUGCUGGAUGGACGCGCUAGAGCUGGCCUUGAAGUGCUCCAGCCUGCUAAAAAGAACCAUGAUCCGUGAGGGAAAGGAAGACGUGAGCACGGUGGCAUCCGGAGGAGAACAUUCCCUUAACUUCUACAGCCUCCUGCGUGCCCACAACAUUCAUGGCUUCCAGUUUAACGACAGCGACCAUUUGAAAGACCCGGACCUUUACUCCGAUAAGUCCGACCGGGAGGGCGAGCCGGACCACGAGGAGUCGGACCCGGAAGGCCUGGAGAAAAGCGAGGAGAGCGACAGCGACACGUCAGAGCGCCAGGACGACUCGUACGUCGACAUGGACCCCAACGAGCACGUGCGAGAAACGUCCUACCUGGAGCAAUCCCACGAGGAACUGGGAGAGGCAGGUGAAGCCGCCCAGACCGAGACCGUUUCAGAGGAAAACAAGUCGCUCAUAUGGACUCUCCUAAAGCAAGUACGACCAGGCAUGGAUCUGUCUAAAGUAGUCCUGCCCACGUUCAUCCUGGAGCCCAGGUCCUUUUUGGAUAAACUCUCGGACUACUACUACCAUGCCGACUUCUUGUCCGAGGCUGCGGUGGAGGAAAAUGCCUACAACCGAAUGAAGAAAGUGGUCAAGUGGUACAUUUCCGGCUUUUAUAAAAAGCCAAAGGGCUUGAAAAAGCCUUACAACCCCAUUAUUGGCGAAACUUACCGUUGCAUGUGGCUCCACCAAAAAACCACCAGCAAGACUUUUUACAUUUCAGAACAGGUAUCGCAUCAUCCUCCCGUGUCAGCAUUUUAUGUCAGCAACAGGAAGGAUGGAUUCUGCCUCAGUGGAAGCAUUCUCGCCAAGUCCAAAUUCUAUGGAAACUCAUUGUCAGCCAUUUUAGACGGCGAGGCUCGACUCACAUUCCUUAACCGAGGAGAAGACUAUGUCAUGAAUAUGCCUUACGCUCACUGUAAAGGCAUCCUUUAUGGCACCAUGACUCUGGAGCUGGGUGGUCAGAUCACCAUUGCGUGUGAGAAGACGGGCUACAGUUCGCAGCUGGAGUUUAAACUCAAGCCAUUUCUGGGAAGCAGUGACAGCGUCAACCAAGUUUCCGGAAAGAUAAAGCUAGGGAAGGAAGUGCUAGCAACUUUGGAAGGACAUUGGGAUAGCGAGAUCUUCAUCAAUGACAAGAAGACUGGAACUGUGGACACUUUUUGGAACCCCACACCGGACUUGAGGCAAAGCAGACUCACCCGUUGCACCGUCCCGCCGGAGGAGCAGGGGGAGUUUGAAUCGGAAAGACUGUGGCAGCACGUGACGAGGGCCAUCAACAACAAGGACCAGACGGACGCCACCAACGAGAAGUUCAUUCUGGAGGAAAGCCAGAGGAAGUCUGCUCGGGAGAGGAAAGCCAAAUGCGAGGAGUGGAAUCCCACUUUGUUCGAGCAGGACCCCGUCACUGGAGAGUGGCACUAUAAAUACGCAGACACGAGGCCAUGGGACCCUCUUAACGACCUGAUCCAGUUUGAAAAAGACGGUUGUAUCCAGACCAAGGUCCGACACCGCACCCCCAUGGUACGUUCUGGCAGUCUUAUUAGUCUGAGUAACCAGGGGUCGCGGAGGGACAAUUGCAAGUGCCAGGUCACGGUGCCAAAGAGGAAACACAAGAGCGACAAAGCUAAAAGUCCAGAGAGCGGAUGCUCUUCGCCUGAGCUUGACCGGCAGGAUUCCUCCGGAAGCGAACGACACAAAAGCAAACAUAACAGCCGUCUGCGCAAGAAGGGCGCAGACUUCACCGAACUUCAAAGUGCCAUUGAAUCCAUAAAACAGACGCAACAGGAUAUCAACAGGAGCAUCACGGCGUUGCGAAGUCGCACGGCAGGCCGAGCGGAGGGCGCCUCCUUCCUGCAGCAGCGCGACUACAUGGUCAUCGUGGCCCUCAUCGUCCUGCAGUGUGUCAACCAUUUCAGUGACAUGUCGUUUUACACGUUUGGCCACUAGAUGUCGUCAGACACAAAUCAAGUCAUUCACCGAGAGCUGAUGAAGGUAAGACAUGGAAAUGUUGGCUAAAAUAAUAAUCAGUGAACAUAAGCUAUUUAUUUUCUUGAAACCACCUUUCGCUGUUUUUUAAAUGCAGCAUCUGAUUCAUUUAAAAUGAUUUAAAACUAGAUUUUGCAUGUUUGUUUCUGCACAAGCGAGCAAAAUUUCACUGUGAUAUUGCUUCGGAUACCUUUUAAAUGAUUUAAAACUAGAUUUUGCAUUUUCCAAUAAAAGUGUUGAUUCUGUGUUGCGCUGUUGCAAGAAGACAUCAGGCAGAUGUCUUGCAUUUUGGGAUACUGGGAGGAGAGGGAAGACUGUAAGAUUAGGGUUGCCAUGGAGACAGUGAAAGGGAAGGAUAAGGGGAAACACCUCAUGUAGCGUUAUGUAACCACAACACAGACGCCAUUCCCCUAUGGCAUUGUUGCGGCGACAAAGCAGUCGCUCUGGUUUUCAUUUUUAAUCCGAUAUAUGAAGAUCGUGCUAAAUUACUCACCUAUAGGUAUGGGUGCUGUUUAAUUAGUUAGAGGAGUUACUCAUCUCAGUCAGCGACUGCUGGUGUUAAAACCGUGUGCAAGGUGAGCAUCCAAUGGGUUAAUUAGGUAAUGUGCAGUGCAGCAUGGCUGGCGAGGUUGCGCUGGCUCAGCAUGGUGUUUAUAUCCCGGACCCACCCCAUCUCUGUGCAUGAAAAGAACUGCUGCAGUGAGCCUCUCUCAUUCACCGCUGGAUUAGUCCAGCACGUCCAGUUGUCUAUUUUUUUGCAGGCAUCUACCUCAAAUGACACGGAGGGUUGUCUAUCUUUCUAGGAGGAGGUGCUGCUAUUUUUAGAGAGGAAUUGCCCAAGUCUGGUCCUCGAGAGUCCCUAUACGGCUUGUUUUCCAUGUCUCCCUCCUUUAACACACCUGAAUCAAAUGAUGAUGGAUAGGGGCUCGAGAGGACCGGACUUGGGCACUCCUGACUUGUGGAAUUGAAGGAAAACUAACAACAAAUGUUCACUUCAAUGUAACAGUAGCUCCAAGUGUAGACGGGAUGGGGUUCAACACUCGCAUGAGCCGAGAAAAAAAAAGUUUCAACAACAGAAAAUUUAGGAAUUAAAGAGCAUACGACAUGAGAUAAAAAGUCUUGAAUAGCAUUAUUAUUUGAAUUAGAAUCAUAUUUUGAGACGAUUCGACUAUAUACAAGAAUGUAGCAAAGCGCAGAUGACGAGAAAGUAGUCUUUUAUAGAGAUGUCCCGAUCGAUCGGGAUGCCGAUCACGUCAUUUUCAAAGUAUCGGAAUCGGCAAAAAAAAUAUCGGCCAUGCCUUUUUUUAAUAUAUAUAUUUUAAAAUUAAAUCGUUUUCUAAUUGUAUUUAACGUUACACAUAAUAUGUUACACUCAUCCAGUCUUUAGUUUAGGCUUAAUUAGGUAAGGUAAGGUAAUAAGGUAAUUAUUUUUUUAAGAAAUGUAUCACAUUAAAAUAUUUAACGCAAUUAAUGCAAGCACUGCACGACCCACUCACGCAUUGUCGCGCUCAAUCUGUAUUGGCGCCGUUUUACCUAUAUAGAGAGAUAAGAGGCAGCGUAAAAUGAGCAGAGUGAAUUUUGGCAGCCUUUGGAGCCUUUUUUUAAUUGGCUAAAGCCUUACAAUCCCUCUCCCUAUGAUUAGAAAUAUAAUGGAAAGCAAUGUGGGGAAGCAAGGUAGCAAUUGAUCUUUUUCUUAAUACCUUAUGUUAUUUCCCAACGCAGAAGAUAUAUCAACUGGUAGCACUAGGCACAGUCAUGGUUGCACUUCCCAUCAUGCAUUUGGGCAUGGCUACAGUAUCAUUUACUGAAAGCUCAACAAAUACACUAGAUGGCAAUAUUUAGUCACAAUAUACAAAGUCACAAGUCUUUCUAUCCAUGGAUCCCUCUCACAGAAAGAAUGUUAAUAAUGUAAAUUCCAUCUUGAAGAUUUAUUGUCAUAAUAAACAAAUACAGUACUUAUGUACUGCAUGUUGAAUGUAUAUAAUCGUCCGAGUUUUAUUCAUUUUUUUCUUAAUGCAUUGCCAGAAUGUAUAUGAUUGGGAAAAAUUAUCGGGAAUGAUUGGAAUUGAAUCGGGAGCAAAAAAAAAGCAAUUGGAUCGGGAAAUAUCGGGAUCGGCAGAUACUCAAACUAAAACGAUUGGGAUCGGAUCGGGAGCAAAAAAACAUGAUCGGAACAACUCUAAUCUCGAGUUGAGAAAGAGGGCGCUGUGACGUGUACGGUAGAAGGUGUCCUCUUCACUAUACAGCCGUACUGUUGUAUGAGAAGAACUAAGGAUUCAGCUGAUUUUGCGGAUUAAUACAUUUAUUUUUUCGCAUCACACCAGCCAAACGGCUGCAGGAAAAUCUUGCUGUAUGAGGGAGAGGCGUGUGCGCCUUUUUUGGAGUUUCAAAAGGUUCCCAUUCACCAUGGACAUUGGCCAAAACAAGCCCUACUACUGUGGGACAUUCGGACUUACGAGGAAGUGAGUAAACAUCUUGUUUUGUAUUAUGUCAAAUACUGGGAUCAUUUUAAUACGGAGGUGGCUUGCGUUUUGUGGCUGACAUGCUCCUUGUCGCACA